AUGUACACCCACAUUGUUCUUCUUUUGCUUAUGACUGCACGGCAAAUUUUGACUUCUCAUUGUAAAUCUGGUGACUUCUUAAUAAACCGCCUGACUUCUGGUCCUAAAUGUUGGUUUUUUAGCCGACUGGCUGAAUACUUGGCCAUAUCUGAUGACUUCUUAGCCGACUACCUGACUUCUCGGGUUACCUGUUGGUUUCUUAGCCGACUGGCUGACUUCUCGGCCUACCCGAUGGUUUCUUAA